CUGCUAAGCGUAAGAACAUUGUAGAGGCUGUACAGGCAUGCCCCGGCAUCAUCAAGAGCCAAGGCAGCUUAGUAUCGCUCCAGCUGCCGGAGCCAACAUCAAGUCCAAUCAAGCAUCUUGCCCCCCCACAGCGCGACGGGCUCAAGUACACAACGUGUGGCUACGUCUGCCGACGUCUUAAGGUAAUGCAGAGACACUGUCGUGAACAGCACGGCUGGGUGAACGACUGGAAGAAGGGAGGCAACCGCUUCUUCCCGACGCAGGCCGGCCGCCGCUGGUUCCAGGUCAGCCAGAGAGAGGAGGCAGAUGGGGACGACGUUAUCCACAACGUAAACGAUAAGCUGGACGCGAACUCGUGGGUGAAACACGUUCAAUGGGCAGAGCACUUGGAAGGGCGGUCUAUAAGUAAGCUCCAGGAAACGACCGAGCCGAUCACGGAGGAGGAAGAGGUGCUCCAGGCCAUGUGGACAGUGACAGAGAGGGUCUUACAUAAGGCGCGCACUAUCUCAACCCCCCACCAGGAGCGGUACAAGGGUGUCUGGCAGAAGCUGCUCUGCAUAUGGAACCGCACGCAGGAGAUGGCCGAGGACGAGCGGCCGCCGUAUCGGCUGACGGCGAGGCAGGGCGAACUGUGGGACCACUUCGAAGCCGUCGUGCAGAAGGAGGGGGCACUUGACAUGCUUAUCGGUAUUCUAGACCACCCGAUCCGGCGAGGCGACUACCAGAACAUCUUAGUCAGCGCGCUUGCAGUGAUGGGCAUCAGCGAAGACGGCGGCUGGGUGAAGGUCAACGACUACACAACCGACUACUCAGCCGUCGUCAAAGUAAGCCGGAUGCUUGUCAUAUACCAGUCUGCCGUCGAGAGGAAGGGCGCUGUGGCAGAGAGGGCAAAAGAGAUGGGCGAGGAGGCGGCCAAGGACGAGGUCCGCAGCAUAUUCCAGUAG